AUACAGGGCAAGAGCCACACCUUUGGGAACACCAACCAGUCCGCGGAGAAUCUGGCCCCCGACACCUCAAUUAUUGCUCCAGACAUCUUGCCCCUGCAUUUCCGCAUUCGCCGGGUCAACAAAGAAGGCCGGGACCCCUCGGCCUACGUCAGGCCUUACCCAGGGGCCCUGUUGACCAAGAAUGGCUCCCCGGUUCAGGGGGAGACCUGCAUCACCUCAGGAGACCUCCUUGGUUUGGGUCGGCACGUUCUCCUGAUGUUCCGCGACCCAGGGAAGUAUUCGGCCCGCCCGGAUUGGUAUCCGGCCCCUCCCGCAGGGAAGCAGGGGGACCCCAGCCCGUUCUCCUGCCUCCUCUGCGGCCGCGGGCCCCAGGAAAGUCAGGAGGCCUUUCGGGCCUACCUGGAGAGCAGGGAAUUGGUGCUAAAGUUCCGGGGGCAGGACCAGGCUGAGACGACGGCCAUUUUGGAGGAGGCCGUGAGAGGGGGCGGUUGCCCUGGCGACGGGGAGAAAGAGGCCGAAGCCUCCGGCCUAGUUCCGGCCUACUUGCUUGCCAUCUGUAUACGGCACGUUUCGGAGAGCCUGGGACCCUGGCUGGUGCCCCCCUUCCUUCUCAAGGUGGCCAAGGCAGUCAAGAAGGCGGCUUGGGAAAAUAUCAAGGAUGUCGGAACGAAGGAGGAGGAGAGAGAAUCACAGGACUACCCCACCCCCCAGGGGUCAGAGGUGGAAACCUUGAAGGCCGACCUGCGCCCUCUAAUUUACUGGAUGGCCAACUCUAUCGAACUCCUCAACGUUGUGCAAAAAACAGCCAUGGAGGUUGAAGAAGAGGUUGAAGAUGGGAUUAACACACUCACCCCCUCUCUCUCUCCUCCGGCAGAUUUUCUCCAGGACCGACCAACAUCGGUGGAGCCGGAUCCGGCCGAUGAAUCCCUGGUCGUGUUGGAUGAGGUUCUCGUCUGCAUGUUCCAGCGAUGCGUGUACCACCUCACCAAGACCCUCCACUCUGCCCUCCCGUCCCUCCUAGACACCAACCCCUUCGCUGCAGGAGUGUGCGAGGGAGAGGAGAAGGAGGGUGGAGGAGGGGAAGGCGAGGGAGAUCUCCCUCGAUUCCCAGCUGGAGUAGAGAAGGUGGUGGACAUUUUCCGGGCUGCCCUGGAUCUGGGCCGGGCCUCCCAGCUCCACCCUGACCUGAUGUCCCAGAUGUUCGGCUAUGCGUUCUUCUUCUGCGACUCCUCCUUGCUCAACGCUCUGAUGGAACGAGGAGAACGGUCUCCCUUCUACCAGUGGACCAGGGCCGUGCAGAUAAGGACCAACCUGGACCUGGUCCUGGACUGGCUGCAAGAGGUGGCGCUGGGAGACAUUGCGGCUUUGUACUUCAGAAAGUUCUCAGCUGCUGUAAACCUUCUCUGCAUUCCCAAGACCAAUCUCCUGAAGAUGAGUUGGACCAACAUACACAAAGGCCAUUCAGCCAUAAACACAGCCCAGGUUUGGCAUCUCCUUCGAAACUAUCACUUGGGUAAAAACCAGAGUCACCCCACAGGCUGGAACCCUCCGGAGGAGACUGAGAGGCUACAGAGAGGAGACAUCUACGAGAGUUUCACGGACCACCCCCCUCUCAUCCUCCCUUCGCAAGGUUUCACCCUCCCCCUCUCCCCCUCCACAGACUCCGUCCCCUCCUUGUGGAGCGAGUGUCUCUACCGUCGACUCAGUGCCCUUCGCCUCUCGGUGUGGGAGAGGGAGAGGGAGAAGCUUCCAGCAAACCAGAGGCCUGGCGUCUGAGAGAUUGAGAGAGGGGGGAGGGGAGGGAAAGUCGCAGUGAUACAGCACGGAAACAGGCCCUUCGGCCCAACUUGCCCACACUAGCCCAUCUACACUAGUCCCACCUGCCCACGUUUGGCCCAAAUCCCUCCAAACCCGUCCUAUCUAUCCAUGUACUGACAAUAGACAAUAGGUGCAGGAGUAGGCCAUUCGGCCCUUCCAGCCAGCACCGCCAUUCAAUGUGAUCAUCCCCAAUCAGUACCCCGUUCCUGCCUUCUCCCCAUAUCCCCUGACUCCACUAUUUUUAAGAGCCCUAUCCAGCUCUCUCUUGAAAGCAUCCAGAGAACUGGCCUCCACCGCCCUCUGAGGCAGAGAAUUCCACGGACCAAGUGUUGGGAUAGUCCCAGCCACAACUACCUCCUCCGGCAGCUAGUUCCGUACACCCACCACACUCUGGGUGGAAAAGCUACCCCUCAGGUUCCUAUUUAAUCUUCC